AUUGUUGUUUUUUCUAAUUAUAACAUUUUGAAUACUAUAGUCAACAAUCAGCCAAGAACUUAUCAUACAAAAAUUUAUUCAUCCAAAUUCAAAUCAAAUCACCAUGGAGUCUUCAUUUGCACCGUUAAGUGAGGCAUGUGCAAAGACACUAUGGGACAAAACCUAUGAGAAACGCAAAGUGGCAGCCGCUGAAAUUGAAAAAAUGGUGAUGGAGUUUAAUUCGACCAAAAACUACAAUCAAAUCCGCAAAUUGAUCACUGUGCUUGGACAGGACUUCUCCACAUCAAAAGAUAACAAUAAGCGAAAAGGCGGUUUACUUGGUUUAGCUGCAACCAGCAUUGGUUUGGGAAAGGAUACUGAUAAGUUUGUCGAGGAAUUGGUGUCACCGGUUUUGAAUUGCCUGCUCGAUCCCGAAGUACGGGUUCGCCUGUUUGCCAGUGAAUCUCUUUAUAACAUAGUUAAAGUAGCUCGUGGUUCCAUCAUUCCACUAUUUCCUCGAAUUUUUUCCGCUCUCAGUCGAUUGGUUACAGACUCGGAUGAAAAUUGCAAAAAUGGAAGCGAAUUGCUAGACCGUUUGCUUAAAGAUAUUGUGACGGAAUCACCACAAACCUUCGAUUUAGAAGCCUUCAUUCCAUUGCUGCGCGAACGAAUUUAUACGAAAAAUUCAUUUUCACGACAAUUCAUCAUUUCGUGGAUAUCUGUAUUAAACGCAGUACCUGAAAUCAAUAUGAUUACAUAUUUACCGGAAAUUCUUGAUGGCCUUUUUCAAAUGCUUGACGAUCAAUGUGUAGAAAUUCAUACAACAUGUGACACACUCUUGUCGGAAUUUUUGAAAGCAAUCAAGAGCGAUCCAUCCAGUACGAAAAUGUCCGAUAUGUGCAAUAUCUUGAUAAAUCAUGCGCAAUCAACGAAUGCAUUGAUUCAAUUUACGGCCAUCGAUUGGAUCAGGGAGUUCGUUCAGUUAUCAGGUCCUAAAAUGUUGGAAUUUGCUAGUGGUAUAUUCACAGCAAUUCUACCAUGUUUGGCAUACGAAGGUGAAUCAAGAAGAGAUAUAAAAAAAACUGCUCAGGCGGUGAACAUCAAUAUGUUUGAGCUGAUUUCCUCCAAAGAGGAAAAAGAAAGAGCUUUUCAGUUUCUGGACUUGGACUCAGUGAUGAAAGUAUUGCAACAAUAUUUGAUACAAGGUUCAGUGGACACUAAGGUAGCUGUUUUACAAUGGAUUCAUCAUUUAUUCACUCAAGCUGAAAAUGAGAUGUCAACUCACGCCAUCAGUCUCUACCCAGUAUUGUUUGAGACUCUAUCUAAUAAUUCUGACGAAGUAGUUAUUCAAGGGUUGACAGUACUUGCUGAAAUUGUAAACUGUACAAAUAAGUCCAAAGAUGCUGACGCUAGCCACACUCACUAUAAAAAGUUUUUGAUCAGUUUGUUGAAACUGUUUGAGGACAAGCGGCCGCUACUGGAAAAUCGUGGUGCUUUUAUAAUCAGCCAACUCUGUAUUUUAUUGAAUGCGGAAGUAAUUUAUCGUAUUUUUGCGGAAAUUAUCUUCGAAGAAACCACUAAUUUAAAAUUCGCUUCAACAAUGGUACGAACUCUCAAUACAAUUUUGUUGACAACAUCUGAAUUAUUCGAAUUACGUGUGCAUCUGAAAGACAUAACAAAUGAGAAAUCUGCUUCCUUAUUCCAGUGCCUUUAUAUGUCUUGGGCCCAUUGUCCCGUGUCAACAUUAUCACUGUGUUUACUGGCCCAAUGCUAUCAACAUGUAUCGCAAUUAGUCGUUUUAUUUGGUGAUAUCGAGGUAACUGUUGAGUUUCUUAUUGAAAUGGAUAAAUUAGUGCAGCUCAUGGAAUCACCAAUAUUCGCAUCGUUACGCUUAAGUUUGGUAUCACAAAAUACAGCCGAGGCUCAAUACUUAUCUCAUGCUCUGUUCGGUAUAUUGAUGCUAUUACCACAAACUGAAGCAUUUACAUUGCUGAAAAAUCGUCUCCAAUGUAUUCCACAUUCACAGGCAUUUCAACAUAAUCCUGAUAUCAGCAAAUUGGCAGAAUACAGAAGUGGCAUAGAUUUUACAACACUUUUCAAGCAUUUUCAAAGCGUACAGAAGAGCCAUCAUGAAUAUCGUAACAAUCAACGAAAACGAAAUUUCUCUGCUUCCGAACGCCAUAAUAUGAAUAAUUGAAAUCCAAAUAUACUUUUUCAAAACUAUUUAUUUUGCUGAAAAUGCUAGGGGAAUAUCACGCUUGAAUUAUUUCAAAUAUUUCAAAAAAAUCCAAUUUAUCUCUAAGAAUCUGUCGUAUGAAAUAUGGUGGAUAUUUGUGAAUACGGCGGAAUAUUGUGGAUUUUUGUGAUUAUGAAUGAUAUUUAAAUGUAUUUAUUCGGAUUUAAUGCAAAAAAUCUCAAAUAUCCCCAAAAUCCACAAAAAUCUGAUUCAUUUAUUCGAAAUAUUCGAAAAUAUGUCAUACAAUUGAUGUUUAUUUCAAAUAUCUCAAAUAUCGCACAAGAUUCAGGAGUGUGAUAUUCCCUUAGUGAAAUUGUGCCCAACUUAACGAUAUUGUUUAUGUUUUUUCCUUCCCUGCGCUGUGCAAACACCAUAAUUAACUAAAGAAAGAAGAUUUCAUUUAAUACACAUCAAUAUAAGCUGGAUAAACAUAAAGGGAUGUUUUAGCACAAGCACAUGGACCGAAAAGUGGGAGAAAUUCCCGUGAUUUAUUCUUUGAAAUAUAUUGUUUAAAUGCCCGAAAGAGUACCACCAUCUUUUGAAAAGGCUAUUACAAUCGGAUGAAAAACUAUUAGAUUGCUAAAUGUUAUUCCUAUGUGAAUCAAUUGUCUUAUAUUCAAAAUUUUCGAAAAAUUGUGUGUCAAAAAUAAUAAAACCUUUUUUUCUCUCUCAAACCAAA